ACAGACCCACUUAUUUUUCGGGCCGCCCGCUUAUCAAUUUCGUCCGUCUGCGAUCGACGCCUUUCCUGGAACCGCGUUCUCGAAGGAUUCCACGACGUCCAAGGUUGUGUCUUGCACCCGCCCAUCAUGCAGCCGACGCGGUGUUUGCUUAGGCGGUCCGUGUGGAAAGGGCCACACAUCGUCCCACUCCCCAUCGUGCGCCCCGAGCCAGGAAAGAAAGUGCCACCAAUUCGGACCCAGGCGAGAUCAGCAACCAUUUUGCCCAACUUUGUCGGCCUCAAGUUCCAGGUUCACAACGGCAAGGUGUACCAUGACGUGACUAUUACCGAGGAGAUGGUGGGCCACAAGCUCGGCGAGUUCUCUCCGACACGGAAGCCCUUCAUCUGGAACAAGAAAUAAAGGGCGACCCCUGUAGCAGGAAUCGAGAUAACUCCAACUUGUACGAGCGCUCAAGGGACGUUUUGCGUUGCGAUGUACCAUAUAUGUGACCAUACUGGGACGGAAACAGUGAGCAUUUUCAUCGGGAAGCUAAGAUGGUGGUCUUAUUCUUCCUACGG